AUGGCGGCUACUUCUGAUCGUACGGUUUAUCGGGCUACCACUACCGCCCCGGUCAAUAUUGCUGUUAUUAAGUAUUGGGGUAAAAGAGAUGCGUCUCUGAAUCUGCCAACCAAUUCUUCCCUCUCUGUUACUCUUUCUCAGCGCUCCCUCCGAACCCUCACUACCGCCUCCUGUUCAGCUAUCUACCCCGCCGCAGACGAGCUCAUCUUGAACGGCAAGCCCCAGGAUAUUCAGUCCUCCAGACGCACACUCGCAUGUCUCUCCAAUCUGCGUUCCCUCCGUCAGGCUCUCGAAAAUGCCGACCCCUCAUUGCCUAAACUGUCUACUCUCCCAUUGCGGAUUGUUUCCGAGAACAACUUCCCCACCGCUGCUGGUCUUGCGAGCUCGGCCGCUGGUUUCGCAGCACUUGUCCGUGCCAUAGCGGAUCUCUAUCAGCUUCCACAAUCUCCCUUAGAGCUCAGCCGUAUUGCCCGCCAGGGCUCCGGCUCUGCUUGUCGGUCUCUGAUGGGCGGUUAUGUUGCCUGGCGUGCUGGCGAGCGGGAAGAUGGUAGUGACAGUCUGGCUGAGGAAGUUGCUCCUGCAUCUCACUGGCCUGAGAUGCGUGCAAUCAUCCUGGUUGUCAGUGCCGAGAAGAAGGACGUCCCCAGUACAGAGGGUAUGCAGACUACUGUUGCUACCUCGAGUCUCUUUGCUACCCGGGCCGCAUCCGUUGUCCCUGAGCGGAUGACCGCCAUUGAGACGGCAAUCCAGAACAAGGACUUUCCUGCCUUUGCCGAAAUCACUAUGCAUGACUCUAACAGCUUCCACGCAACUUGCCUCGACUCCUGGCCUCCAAUCUUCUACAUGAACGACGUCUCCAGAGCUGCCGUGAGACUCAUCCACGACAUCAACCGUGCCGUUGGCCGGACUGUGUGUGCUUACACAUUCGACGCUGGCCCGAAUGCUGUUAUCUACUACCUUGAGAAAGACUCGGAGCUGGUCGCAGGAACCGUCAAGGCUAUUUUGGGCCCCAACACUGAAGGGUUCGACGGCCCAUUCUACGAUAUCUUGAAGAACGUCACUGCUUCAGGCGUGUCACUGGAGAAGGUUGACUCUAGAGCUGUGGAAGUUCUGAAGAACGGCAUCAGCCGCGUCAUUUUGACUGGUGUCGGGGAGGGUCCUAUCAGUGUGGAGGAUCACCUUGUGAGCGCAACAGGUGAUAUCCUCUCUUCUUGA